AUGUUCGCGUGCUACCUCCUCACGCCGCAGACGCCGGCGCAGACAGGCAAGCGGUCGCUGCACAUGAAGCACACGUACGUCGGCUUCACGAUGACGCCCAAGCGGCGCCUGCGUCAGCACAACGGCGAGAUCGUCCAGGGCGCGAAGAAGACGGCCAAGUACCGUCCAUGGGACAUGCUUGUCGUUGUCUAUGGCUUUGCAUCCAAGGUGCAAGCACUACAGUUCGAGUACGUGUGGCAGCACCCGUACAACAGCCGCUUCACCAAGGCCGCGAUGGCCAGCGCCAAGCACGUCAAGCGCUACGGCGGCAUGCGCUCCGUGCGACGCAAGCUCAUUGAACUCUACUUGAUCUUGGCGCUUCCGCCAUGGAACGAGCUCGCUCACGCUCUCCUUCACAUGCACACGCUUGCAACGUCGAGCGCGCCAAAUGAGUUGCCUCCGGGCAUGACGACGCAGGUGGCCAGUCUCGACACGCUACCACACGGGCCACCGAGCGAUGACGCCGACGACGCCGACGCGAGGUGCUCCAUUUGCAUUGGCCAGUUCCAGGAGGGUGACGCGCGACUCGUGUGCUAUCACGCCGACUGCCCCAUGCGCGCGCACAUUGACUGCGCUCACGAGUGCUUUCCUGACGACGACGACGACGACGACGCUCCGACGCAGAGCGAGAAGCGCGGGUAUUGCCCGUACUGCGACAACGAGUUGCAUUGGGCAACACUGCUACUGCAUGCGUCCUCGUCGGCACUGCUGCUGCCACCCGCCAAGAAGAAGCGCCGCGUGCGGACCGCUCCGUCCCAGAGCCCUCCAGAGCCUCCAAACGCGGCAAGUACUGCUGCAAGCAAGGAUGCGACCGUCGCUUCGGCGCCAACACAAACCACGAAUGCCGAGCUCAUUCUCAUAUCCGACUCGGACGAGCCGUCCAUUGUCGACUUGACAGGAGACGUGUAG